GAUUCGUUUGCGAAAUGGCGAAUCCUGAUAACAUAUGAAGACUAGUAAUGACUCUCCCUUGUCCUCUCUGGUGCUUCUUCCUCUUUGGAACUCUUCAAGCCGGCCUUAAACCCCAUUUCACUCCUCUAUCAGUUUUGGCCUUUUAGCUAUUCAAUUUAAAGUAACUCUUAGGUUGCAUCACGUACUGGAUUUGAGCUGUGAAAAACUGCCUUGAAAGGUGGGGAAAAAGAGAUUGAUGCAUCUGGGCACCGACCUCUUUCGAUCUUUCUGGAUCACUUCAAUUUCUUCUCUUUUUGAUUUCAACGAUUUGGAUCGAUCCGAUUCUAGUCUAGAUUGAUUGUUUUAAUCUGUGAUUUUUCUGCAAUCGUUGAUUGGAUUCAAUUUCUGGGUUCUAUCUGAAAUGUUCUAUUUCGAUAACUCUAUCUCGCUCUGCCAGUCCGUUGACCAACCCCCUGCUAUGGCGAAUUCUAGUUGUUCAGCCGACUUCGGCUCUAAAUCGAGGAGAAGCAAUAACAUCCUGCGUAAUAGGAAGACGCCCGCUUCCUUCAAUAGUCUGCAAAUUCCACCUUGCGAUCGAUCUCGAUUUGCGGUGGUCGAUGUAGUGAUAUUUAUCGCUGUAAUUUGCGCAUGCGGAUUCUUGUUAUUUCCCUAUAUCCAGAUUUUGAUAAUUAAAUCUAUUGAGAUUGGUGGGACAAUCCUGGAUGCGGUGAAAGAGGAGUUUUCUAUGGCUCCAUUGAUCUACAUCUCUAUAGGACUUAGUGUUUCUUCCGCUGUAUUGGCUACUUUCUUAGUUGUGACAUGGACGGGUAGAAAAUGUGGAAAUCCCAACUGCAAGGGCCUAAAAAAUUCUGUUGAAUUUGACAUUCAAUUGGAGACAGAGGAUUGCGUGAAAAAGUCAGCUUCAUUGGGAACAGAUGGAGAUGGAUUCCAGAAGGGCUUGUUUGAACUGGCUCGCCAUCAAAACAGGGAAUUGGAAGCUCAACUCAGGAAGAUGGCACCCCCUAACGGAAGGGCUGUUCUUAUUCUCAGGGCAAAGUGUGGGUGUUCUGUUGGUAGAUUACAAGUUCCAGGUCCCAAGAAGCAUCGAAAGAUCAGGAAGUAGGAUCACACAUGAGACGAGACCCUUCAACUUUUAGGCCUUCUCUGGUCUAUCUAAUAGGGGACUAGCCUAUUUUGUCUUUGAAUAAGCCCUCUGGGCAAUAAGUUGUAAGCUUAUGAUGAAAUAUCGAUCAUAAUGAAUUUGUCACACCUUGGAAUAUAAUAACCCCUUAUUAAAUUCGCUUCUGGGGAUUACUUUCCUGUUUUAGGUAUCUGAAUUUCAUCAUUCUUCAUGAUAGCAGUAAUAUCAGUUUGGGGAUCAAUGUCCACAGUAUCUCAUGGUUAACAUGUUAUAAUAGAGGAGAUUGUUAUUCUGGUUAUCUGGCGUUAUUAUGAACAUACAUUUGAGCCUUGU